UGGAUGGAUGACACUGUUGUUUAUUAUAUUAAUAAAAAUAUUUUAAUAUAACUUAAUCUUAUUUUUUAGAUAUCAUUUUGGUAUUCGAGAGUAUUCCAAUGGCGGCUAACUUGAUUGUGAUUCUUUCACUGGUUUUCAUAUGCCUACUGUGUGCUUUUUUCGGAUACUGUAUUGAUGCAAAUUCAGUCGUCGCGUUAGAUGACUGUAAGAAAUCUAAUGACUGUUUUGUUGUUGGUGAACAUGGCCAAGGUGCCUCACUGAAGGUGAAGGACAGAGAAGACGGGAGGGACCGGCUCAUGACGAUUUGUUAUAGGGGGCAGGACCGGGAGAUUUACAGAUUAUGGGUCAACCCAAGGGUGCAGAUCCACCCUGCGGAGACAGAUCAGAAAUUCCAGUAUCAUUUCGGACCGAACCUGACCGCUGUUCAAAACGACCAUGCCUCCCGCACAUUCAGUGUCUUCAACUGGCUUCAAGUGAAAGAAGAAUUUUCAAUGAAUCCUUUUAACGUCAGCUGUCUGGGGAUCGUGUCAAACAAGAAAUACUCUAUAGAUUUUAAGAUCAGAAAUCCUGAACUGUGGUACGUGGCCUAUGUCGUGGUUGGAAUUGUCAUCUUCUUUUGUGCAGACUCAUGGAGUAGAAACACUGCACUACACUACACGACUGGCGUGUCUGUGGGAAUCUUGGCAUCCGUUCUUAUUGCUUUGUUUGUCAUCAGCCGUUUCCUACCUCAGACCGUGCGUCGACUGACGUAUCUCAUCGGCAUGAUUGGAGGCUCUGUGUUUCUCUACUGCAUCAAGUUCAUCCAGACGGAGCUACAGGUCAUCCUAAAGGACUACUGGCAGUACGUCGUGGGAUACAUCGUCGUCUUCGGAUUCAUCAGUUUCGCUGUGGUGUACAAAUUCGGUCCCGUGACAAACCCGAGGACGUUGGACCUCGUGCGAUGGAUAUUGCAGGGCACUGCCCUGUGUUUAGUUUACUCAGGAACACAGCUUCCCGAAGCCUCCGUAGCGAUUAUUAUUGUUAUGCUGUCGGUGCAUAAUUUUCCGAAAAAAGUUACACUCCUGUUUAAAAGAUUGAGGUAUCGAUUUUUCCGUCCUAAAAUCCGCUUUCUCACGGAAGAAGAAUAUAUAGAACAAGGUCAGUUCGAGACAGAGAGAGCUUUAGCCGAACUCCGAGAUUACUGUCGCAGUCCUGACUGUGAUUCGUGGAAAGUGGUUAGUCGCCUACAGUCACCUCAGAGGUUUGCUAAUUUUAUUGGUGGAGAAUGCCAUGUGCUAAAUGAUGAAGUCGUACAACAUGACUCGAUUACGGAUUUUGAAAUUCCAUCAGAGACGGAGGAGAUAGAUGAAUCAGACACAGAGUUGCAGUUUUCUUAACAGAAAAAACACAUUGUUAUAGCGACAGUAUCAUUGUUUAGAAUCAUUUUCAUUUGUGUAAUUUUCAUCUUUUUAACUGAUUUCAGCUUUUUACAUCGUUAUAGAAAUUGUAUCAUUGUUUAAAAUCAUUUUCAUUUGUAUCAUUUUCACCUUUUUAUCUCAUUUCCAUUUUUUUGUUCCAUUUAUAUUAAACUUGCUUUAACCUUCUGACUAUGCAGGCGAGAUAUCUCGCCUGACGUCACGCCAGUCGACAUGCUGUACACUGUAUUCAGUGCAUUCCCCAAUUCAUAUUUCCCACCAUUUUGCGUGCAGACAAUCACCGGAAAUAUAUAUUUAACAACAGAAAACAGUUUAGUUUAGACUAUAGCUGCUUUAGUCUUUCGUUUUUCAAUGGAAAAUACCUUGGAAUUUUUAGUUCAAAAAGUGGUUUUCGGCAAGUAUUUUUGCUUGACAACAAUGGUGGCAUGUCACAGUAAUUUUCAGGAAUUGUUUUUCGUUUUUUAAUGGAAAAUACCUUGGAAUGUUUAGUUCAAAAAGUGGUUUUCGGCAAGUAUUUUUGCUUGACAAUAAUGGUGGCAUGUCACAGUAAUUUUCAGGAAUUGUGACAGCUAAUUUAAUAAUCAAUAUGAUCACCAAAUAUUGGGAUAUACCUCAUACAUGUAGUUUUUUUUAUUUAAAAAAAAAUUCUGGUCAGAAAACCACUGUUAUUGGGAAUAAUGGACGUAAAAUAUAAAAAUUAGAAAGCCCCACAAGAAUAAUAUUUACGGAUUCAAAUAUGAACUUUAUUUUUUAUGUAUUUGUAAAACAUUUAAGCAGGGGUGCAGAAAGUACUUGCCCGCUUGCCAAAUGUGAGUAAUAAAAAUUCUGACGGAUGAGUUAAAAAAUCCAACUACCAGUCCGACUGGCAAUCUCUCUUUUUCUGACUGACCGUAAUUUUUUAGUGUUGUGUCUUUUUGUGUUUUUUUCCCAUUGAAUCCGUGACUCCACAUCAGCCAUGUCAGAAUUCUAAAUCAUCCCAACAAACUGUUCAGAAUUAUGACAAAAUACACAACAAUACAUGUACUGUAUUGACAAUAGAUCGACUUCGGAGUUCUGAAGUGCACAAGUGCGACAUUCCCGAAACAGAGCUGGACAAAGAUAAGUAUUUCCUAGAAAUGGCAUGUUUACGUUGAAAGCAUGUUGCCGGUGUGUUUUAAUAGAUCUUUCUGUUAAAUACUUGUGGGCUGUAACUUGAAUUUUGUAAAUCUAUGUGAAAGACAUGUGAAAAACUUUGUCUUUACCAGAAUAUUUCAAAAUUUAUUGUUUUGUCAACCAAGGUUUGGGGCUUGAUUUCAUUUGCCGUGAUGUUGAUCACUUGUCUAACCAUGUGUCCUUAAUAAUGCUUUUGUCAAAUAUAUAUCUAUUAUUUGAAGUGAAGACAGUGUAUAUUAUAAUAUUGUUAAAAACAAUAAUAUAUUGUUCUAUAGGCUGGCAGACUAGUAGAAAAUCUGGUGGGCUAGUAAAUUUUAGUUGGUUCUAGUCUGGCGGGCUAGUGAAAUAUUUUCCAUUUCUCCACCCCUGAUUUAAGUGCAUAUAUAUGAGUAAAAAUUAUAAACUUGUAUCCACUCAACGUGGUUUUCGUAAAAUAUUAAUCAAGUAGUCUAAAGGUUAAUGUGCAUCUAACGUCUGAAAUAGUCCAAGGAACAUUUUGUUCAGUAUCGCGUCACGAUUCGCUACGCAAGUUUCAGAGAUCACUACAGGAUUAAGUAACAUGAAACAGAAGUUGCUAAUCAAUUUUCAAUGGAUAGAAAUAUCGCUAAUCGAGAUUUUAAAACAACAAUACUGUUUAUUAUUACCCAUAUGUUUUAUUUAUUGUGUACAAAACCAAAACAAGGAUAUGCUUAAUACUUACAAAUAUAUUUUCAUUUUAUUCAGUUUUUAAUUGACUAAAAUAUUAGUAAAAAAAGUUGCUAAUCAAAAGUUUGAAAACAGAAUAUUUGCUGCAAUCCUAACAUGUUUGUGACUAUUAUGGAGGAGUCCUUUAACAAUUAAAACUAUACUAAUGGAAAGAAAUAAGAGAACACACAACUAGUACUACAGUUUAUACUGACUACAUCAAAAACCUUAUUAGUAUUAAGGUCGACAACAGUCACUUUUCGGACCCUUGUUUUGGUUUUGUACACAAUAAAUAAAACAUAUCCAACGCUAAUUUGUCAAUAUGAUAUAUUUGACAAAAGG